AUGAAUUUUCUGAGCUUAAUCGUCGCCGUAGUACUCGCAGUCUGCGCUCUGGCAUGGCCUGAUGACGGUAAUUUUUCUUCAUAUUUCAUUCGCCAUGGCUCGGGCAUUGGUAACGCGAACCGGACGUGUCAGAGCAAUUUCAGUGACCACUUAAAGGCGCUGACGUCACUAAAGUGGUCACUAAAACGGCGCCGAAACGUACAAUUCUCGACCCGUUCACAGAACCAAGGUCCGAGUGGCUUGAACAGUUUGGUUGCACUUGAAAUGGUUCUAAUUUGCUACGAAACGCGUCCGAUCUUGAGGGAGUUGCGCGAUUUUCCAUCGCGAAGCAUUAGAAGAAGCUCUGUAAAGACAGUUAUACCCUCCCCUCCAACCGCAACGCGACCGCGACGCUUUUAGAUUUCCAAACAAACCAAAGUAAAUGAUGUAAGAAAAACCUUGUUUCAUUUUUUUUUUUCGCGAAUUUGGACGCGGGUCAUGAUUCCAGUAGGAUCAUUUCUAACGUCAUUCUUGAAUCUGAUGUAAAAUAUCACCGCAAAUUGCGAAAACCCGAUUUGAACUGCCCCAAAAUUGGAAAUCUGACACCUCUAACUGGAUUUUGGGUCUUUCUCGGUCACCAAAUCAAACGACUCGAAAUGAAAUGAGCCGUGUGCGGAAAGGAACUUUCGCUGUGUGGUGUUGCAUGUACGAAUAAGCCUCGGGGCCAAGUCGAGCAUGUGAUUUGAAUUUGCGUUUUCUUUUCAACUCGGAGAAAGGUCUCGAUUUCGUGACGCACAACGAGGAUACUGCGUCUUUCAUCUAUUAUGAAAAACGACUGAAAAAAAAAACUGAAAAGGGUUUUUUAAUGAUCAAGCCCAAAGCAUCUUAAAACUACUGAGAUCGUCAGAUGUAAUUUUUUACGCUGAUUUCCAACCUGACCAUGAGCUCGAGAAUUGCAGCGAAGGUCUGUGAAAAAAGUAACGGCGGCUCAGAGCUGAAAAAAAUCCAGCUUUUCUUCUCGGAGAAAAAAAAAAUUCAAAUUUGUGAAUUCACAACUUUUUCUACUCACUUCCUCGGUUCUUGGGCCUCGGAAAUUCGAAAUUGGAGAAAAAAAAACGUCAUCUACCGCCCGUAGUCUCAUUCAAAAGGCACACUCUAAUGCCAAGCGAUUUCCUAAUUUUGAAACGAAGGAGCAAUACUUUUUUGUUACAAAUAAAGUCCAAAGGUCUCCUAUUCGUCAUCCAUAGUCUCUAGCAGCUUCUAGAACUUUAAAAAAUCAUUCUGAUAAUGAAUAUAUUUUUUUAGGUGAAUACUUCCGAAGGAGCGCAAAAUGGAGCCAGAUGGGGCCGACAGGCGGAAGCCUCGUCUCAGGCCGAGGAGGCUUCCGUCCUGGAUUCUUCAGCAGAAACUGGCACGCCGCUCUAGCUGAACCUAACUUUGUCAAGGUGAUUUUUGAGAUCGAAAAAUUAUAUUCUUCGAGUUUUGGGAAGUUCAAUACACUUCAUUAGGUUGGGAAAAAUUACUGAAAAUAAAUCUACACCCCCUUCUCAAAUCGUGUAAAAAACACCUUCAAAGCUAUGAAUGAACUACAGUUUCGAAAUCAGUCCUCACUGGCUCUUAUUUUCGAGACCUCCCAAAAAAAAGUUCGUUUGAGCGCAUCUGGUCGCCUAUUUCGUUCAAAAACCCUUGAUUAGUUUGCAGUGAAAUGCGAUACAAAUCCGCUCGCUUGCGUACUUGCAAAAAACACGAAAAAAUGGAGGAAAAGGAUGGAGUUUCUUUAAUGCUAUUGCGUCAUGAAAUCUCGUGAUUUUUCUGUAGAAAUCUACUGCGUUCAUAAAAGCUGAUUGGGGUUUUCAGAGGGGCAUGGGGUAAAUUUAUGAAAAGGUCCUGAAGCGAAAAACCGUUUUCUGUGUUAUUUUGAUCAAUAAUAACUUCUUUUCUUAAAAAACGUCAGUAAAAUUUUUUGAACAUGUCCUAAACUUAUAAUUUGCUUGUAGAAGCUUGAAAGUUUUUUUAAAAGUUCACAAAAGCCUUCCAGAAAAAAUAGGCCAUUUUUUGAAGUCAAGCUUCUUGAAAAAAAGGUGUUAAGAGAGAACAGUAAUCGAAUAAAUUACUGAAAAAACAUGCAAAACAUAUAAAAAUUGCAGAGAUCGUCGGUUUUCGACUACUACAAGUGA